CACAGACGACUGCUCCAAACAGUUUCUUCUCUGCAGAUCGCGGAUCAAACCCCGACCCUCCCACCCUAUAAAUAUCCCCUUCAUUUCAUCCGAUUUCUCUGAAAUUAGUUUCCAGGAGAUGGAUUUUGGAGACCGGGAGUUUGUAGUUAGGGUUUCUUCCAUAACCGCAUCUGGCGCCCUCCCAGGGCAACCGUUCCCUUGAUUCCGACCCGUUUUGUUUGAAAGAUCGGUGUUUUCUUCUUCGAGAUCGAGGGAUUCGCUGCCGUGGUUGGAAAUGGCAUUGUCGCCAGUCAGGUUCCUGUUCAUGCUCUUGGUUGUCAGCGUCUUCGGAUGGAUCAUUUUCAUAUUUGCUGCAAGGUUGCUGGCUUGGUUUCUCAGCCGGAAUAUGGGAGCAUCCGUUGGGUUCCGGGUUGCUGGAUGCAACUGUUUAAGGGAUGUUGUUUUGAAGUUCAAGAAGGGUGCUGUUGAAUCUGUAUCUAUCGGUGAAAUCAAACUCAGUCUGCGUCAGUCUUUGGUCAAGCUUGGGUUCAGUUUUAUUUCAAGAGACCCAAAAUUGCAGGUGUUAAUAUGCGAGUUGGAAGUUGUAAUCAGGCCUUCUGAACAAAAAAUGAGGAAGGGUAAACCUAAGACUCAGAGACCACGUUCUGCAGGCAGAGGAAAGUGGAUGGUUGUGGCUAACAUGGCAAGAUUUUUAUCAGUUUCUGUGACAGAAUUAGUUGUCAAGGUGCCAAAAGCUACUAUUGAAGUUAAAGAUCUGAAAGUGGACAUAUCUAAAGAUGGUAGAUCAUUGCCAACACUGCUUGUCAAGCUUCACCUUCUACCAUUUCUUGUUCACUUGGGUGAUUCACGGCUUAGUUAUGACCAGUCAUCAAAUUUUAGUCAAGGAGCAAGUAUGUCCCCUGGACAAGAAUCUUCAGCACUGAUGGAAAAGAAUCCUCCUUUCCUUUGCGAGGAAUUGUCACUCUCUUGUGGGUUCAGUCAUGAUAGGGAAAUAGGUAUCGUUAUCAAGAAUGUGGAUAUCACCAGUGGAGAAGUCACUGUUAACCUAAAUGAGGACUUAUUUCCCAAAAAAAAGACAGAUGCUGUUGAAGGGGCUACUUUGGACUCUUCAGAUGCUAGGAAAUUGGAGAAGAAGCAAAAUGCACUUCAAUCACUGAAGAAGAAUAUUCUUGGGUUUCCAGAAAAGGUUAGUUUCAAUUUGCCAAAGCUGGAUGUGAAGUUUGUUCACCGGGGGCAGAAUAUUUUUGUUGAGAAUAAUGUAACGGGUAUUCAUCUACGGAGCAGCAAGUCACAGUCCUUCGAAGAAUCAGGAGAAACUACUUCCCGCCUUGAUGUUCAGAUGGAUUUCAGCGAAAUUCAUCUUCUUAGAGAAGGUGGCACAUCUGUCUUGGAGAUACUGAAAGUUGCUGUUAUUUCUUCAUUUGACGUUCCAUUGCAACUCACAGCACCUGUCAGAGCUGAAACCGAUAUCAAACUUGGUGGUACCCAGUUCAAUAUUAUUAUGAGCAGAUUGAAGCCAUGGAUGCAGCUUCACAUGUCAAAAAAGAAGAAAAUGGUGCUACGUGAGGAAACUCCCAGCAUUGAUAGGUCACAGCAAUCUGAUCUAAAAGCCAUAAUGUGGACAUGUACUGUCUCAGCUCCAGAGAUGACUAUUGUGCUUUACAGUCUCAGUGGCUCGCCAUUAUACCAUGGGUGCUCACAGUCGUCACAUUUGUUUGCAAAUAAUAUAGCAAGUAUGGGAAUUGCAGUACACGUUGAACUGGGUGAAUUACAUUUGCACAUGGCACAUGAAUAUCAACAAUGCUUGAAGGAAAGCCUAUUUGGUGUUGAAACAAAUUCCGGUUCCUUAAUGCAUAUAGCACGGGUUAGUCUAGAUUGGGGGCACAAAGAAAUGGAAUCACCUGACGAACAUGAUACCAAUAGGUGGAAAUUAAUGUUCUCCAUUGAUGUAACUGGUAUGGGUGUAUACUUUAGCUUCCAGCGUGUUGAAUCACUUAUAUCAACGGCAAUGUCCUUUCAAGCACUUCUAAAGAGCCUUUCUGCUUCUGCUAAAAGAACGACACAAAACAGGGUGGGCCGUUCCAGCAAACCGUCAUCAAAAGGGACUCGUCUCUUGAAAUUUAAUCUUGAACGGUGUUCAGUAAAUCUCUGUGGUGACGUGGGAGUGGAAAAUGCAGUUGUUGCAGAUCCUAAGCGUGUUAAUUUUGGAUCACAGGGUGGUGAAGUUAUAAUUAGUGUCUCUGCUGAUGGUACCCCACGUAAAGCAGAUGUAAUGUCUACAGUCUCCAAUGGAUGCAAGAAUCUGAAAUACUCGAUGUCUCUUGAAAUUUUUCAUUUCAGUCUUUGUGCAAACAAAGAAAAGCAGUCCACUCAGAUGGAACUAGAAAGAGCUAGAUCUAUCUAUGAGGAAUAUACUGAGGAACAUAGGCCUGAUGCAAAAGUAACUUUGUUCGAUAUGCAGAAUGCAAAAUUUGUGCGGCGUUCUGGUGGGCAUAAUGAGAUUGCUGUUUGUUCUCUUUUUAGUGCAACUGAUAUUGCGGUCAGGUGGGAGCCUGAUGUACAUUUGUCACUAUAUGAAUUCAUCUUGCGCGUGAGGGUUCUUUUGUACACUCAGAAGCUGCGGGGACCUGAUAACGAAAUAAAGGGAGAGCUUUUCAAUGGAAAAGAUAUGGAACCAGAGAAAGGAGCUACUCUAGACCCAGUGCGACCUGAUAAACAACUGAAAAAAAGGGAAUCCGUUUUUGCUGUUGAUGUGGAAAUGCUGACAAUAUCUGCUGAAGUUGGAGACGGAGUAGAGGCAAUGGUUCAAGUGCAGUCCAUCUUUUCUGAGAAUGCGAGGAUAGGAAUACUACUGGAAGGGCUUAUGCUUAGCUUUAAUGAAGCCAGAGUAUUCAAGAGUAGCCGGAUGCAAAUUUCUCGCAUUCCUAAAGUGUCUACCUCACAUAGUUCUCUUGAUGCAAAAGUGACCACAUGGGAUUGGGUGAUUCAAGGCCUUGACGUUCAUAUUUGCAUGCCUUACAGGUUGCAGUUACGUGCUAUUGAAGAUGCUGUUGAGGAAAUGUUGCGAGGUUUGAAGCUUAUCUCUGCUGCUAAGACUAGUCUGAUAUUUCCUGUAAAAAAAGAAAGCUCAAAGAAGGCAAAAGUUAAGUCAUCAAAAGUAGGACGCGUACGAUUCAGCAUACGCAAGCUAACAGCCGAUAUUGAGGAAGAGCCAAUACAAGGGUGGCUUGAUGAACAUUAUCAUUUGAUUAAGAAUGAGGCCAGAGAAUUAGCUGUUCGGUUGAAGUUUCUUGAUGAUAUUGUUUCAGAAGUUAACAAGGAUUCAGGGACUGCCGAACCCAAUGAACUGUCUUCUGAAAGGAAGAUACACCAUAAUGGAAUUGAGAUUGAUGUACAUGAUAGUUUGGCUGUUCAAAAAUUGCGAGAAGAAGUUCACAAGCAGGCAUUUCAGUCCUAUUACGAGGCAUGUAAGAAGUUGGUAAUUUCGGAAGGAUCAGGUGCCUGUAGGACAGGCUUCCAAGCUGGCUUUAAGCCGAGUACUGCCAGAACAUCUCUUCUAUCCAUUUGUGCUACGGAGUUGGAUGUCACCUUGACUAAAAUUGAAGGUGGUGAUACUGGAAUGAUUGAUUUUAUAAAGAAGCUUGACCCUGUUUGUCUCGAGCAUGAGAUACCAUUCUCUCGGAUGCUUGGGCGAAAUAUUGUUCUGAAUGCUGGAUCUCUAGUUGCCAAUAUUAGAAACUACACAUUUCCAAUUUUUUCUGCAACUGCUGGUAAAUGUGAAGGUCGUAUUGUGCUUGCGCAACAGGCAACAAGUUUCCAACCCCAAAUUCAACAAGAAGUUUUUGUUGGCAGGUGGAGGAAGGUGCGUAUGCUGCGUUCAGCAAGUGGUACCACUCCACCAUUGAAAACGUACUGUGAUCUACCAUUACAUUUUCAAAAAGCAGAAGUUGCCUUCGGAGUGGGUUUUGAACCUGUUCUUACUGAUAUAAGCUAUGCAUUCACAGUAGCUCUCCGCAGGGCUAAUUUAAGUGUUAGGGGUUGUGAUCCCAAUAUUAAGGGUGAUAAUGCCACAAAUGGUUUGCAAAUUUCAAGUGUUAAUGUUUCAGACAAUCAACAGCCUAAAAAGGAACGCAGCUUACCAUGGUGGGAUGAAGUUCGGAAUUACAUUCAUGGGAAAAUUAGCUUGACUUUUGCUGAAACCAGAUGGAACUUGCUUGGUACAACUGACCCUUAUGAAAAACGUGACAAGCUUCAAAUUGUUUCUGGUUACAUGGAGAUCCAGCAAUCGGAUGGUCGUGUUUUUGUUUCUGCAAUGGACUUCAAGAUUUCCGUGACAAGUUUGGAGAGUUUAAUCAACAGUUGCAGUUUAAAACUUCCACCUAGUGUAUCUGGGGCUUUCCUUGAGUGCCCUGCCUUUGUCCUUGAAGUGACCAUGGAUUGGGAAUGUGAUUCUGGUAACCCCCUUAAUCAUUACCUAUAUGCACUUCCCAAUGAAGGGGAACCUCGAAAGAAGGUUUAUGACCCGUUUAGAUCAACUUCCCUCUCUCUCCGUUGGAACUUCUCGCUCAGACCCUCUCUUCCUCCAUCUGAGAAACAAACUCCAUCCCCCAGUAUGGAAGAUAGGUCAGAGCAUGUUUCCGUCAAGUCUCCUACCAUGAAUGUUGGCGCUCAUGAUUUAGCUUGGGUAUUCAAAUUUUGGAACAUGUAUUACAAUCCUCCUCAUAAGUUGCGUUCUUUUUCUCGAUGGCCACGUUUUGGAGUUCCCAGAGUUGCUCGGUCAGGCAACUUGUCUUUAGACAAAGUGAUGACGGAGUUUAUGCUCCGUCUUGAUGCAACACCCACUUGUAUCAAACAUGUGGCGUUAGAAGAUGAUGAUCCUGCUAGUGGAUUGACAUUUAGAACAGCAAGGUUGAAAUAUGAACUUGGUUAUAGUCGUGGUAAGCAGCACUAUACUUUUGAUUGCAAGCGUGAUCCUCUCGAUCUUGUUUACCAAGGUCUUGAUCUGCACCUUCUGAAGUCAUAUGUAGAUAAAGAAAACUGCACCUGUGCUGCUCAAGAUGUUCAAACAAUGAGAAGCUCACAAGCUGCAUCAACAGACAGAGUAGGUCAUGAAAAAUGCAAGUUCCUGGGUGGUAGCUCAGAGAAGCAUCAGGAUGAUGGAUUUCUUUUAUCUUCUGACUAUUUUACAAUAAGAAGGCAAGCACCAAAGGCUGAUCCUGCAAGAUUAUUAGCAUGGCAAGAAGCUGGAAGGAGGAAUGUUGAGAUGACAUAUGUUAGGUCAGAGUUUGAAAAUGGCAGUGACAGUGAUCAUACACGUUCAGAUCCAAGUGAUGAUGAUGGAUUUAAUGUGGUGAUUGCUGACAAUUGCCAGCGUGUAUUUGUUUAUGGCCUUAAGCUUUUGUGGACUAUAAAAAAUAGAGAUGUUGUUUGGUCCUGGGUUGGUGGGAUAUCCAAAGCAUUUGAGCCUCCGAAGCCUUCUCCUUCUCGGCAGUAUGCGCAGAGGAAAUUGCUGGAGGGACAACAGAGAGUCGAUGGGGCUGAAACCCUUCAAGAAGAUAAUUCCAAGCCAUCACCUGCUACGAACCAAUCUACUAGUCUCCCAUCUCCACAGCAUGUGGAGAACUUGGGGUCACCUUCAGCUAAAGUGGAAUCUUCAUCCACUGGAGUUGGUAAGUUCUCAAAGCAUGGAAGCGUUGAUGACUUGGAGGAGGAAGGAACGCGACACUUCAUGGUUAAUGUUAUUCAACCUCAAUUUAAUCUUCACUCAGAAGAAGCUAAUGGUAGGUUUCUUCUUGCUGCAGCCAGUGGCCGUAUCUUAGCACGUUCAUUUCUUUCAGUUCUUCAUGUUGGUUAUGAGAUGAUUGAAAAAGCACUUGGUACUGAAGGCAUUCAAAUUCCUGAGUCUGAACCUGCAAUGACAUGGAAUCGUGUGGAGUUGUCUGUGAUGUUGGAGCACGUGCAAGCUCAUGUUGCACCAACUGAUGUUGAUCCAGGAGCCGGAUUGCAGUGGCUGCCAAAAAUUCUUAGAAGCUCUCCAAAAGUAAAGCGUACUGGGGCCUUACUUGAAAGGGUGUUUAUGCCUUGUACAAUGUACUUCCGCUACACAAGGCACAAAAGUGGAACUGCAGAUUUGAAGGUGAAGCCAUUAAAAGAGCUAACUUUCAAUUCUCCCAACAUUGCAGCAACAAUGACGUCACGCCAGUUUCAGGUUAUGCUGGAUGUAUUAAGCAAUCUUCUCUUUGCUAGGCUUCCCAAGCCCCGAAAAAGUAGUCUAUCAUAUGCUUCUGAAGAUGAUGAAGAUGUUGAAGAGGAGGCAGAUGAGGUGGUUCCUGAUGGUGUUGAAGAGGUGGAACUUGCAAGAAUUGACCUGGAACAUACAGAAAGAGAACGGAAGUUGCUUCUUGACGACAUCAGGAACUUGUCUGUUUCUGGUGAUAUUUCUGGAGAUCUAUGUCCAUCCGCAGAAAAGGAUGGUGAUUUUUGGAUGGUAACUGGUGGAAAGACCACGCUGGUGCAAGGUCUGAAGAAAGAGCUUGGGAACAUACGUAAGUCUAGAAGGGAAGCAUCUGCAUCUCUGAGGAUGGCUUUGCAGAAAGCUGCACAACUACGGUUGAUGGAGAAGGAGAAGAAUAAAAGCCCUUCGUAUGCUAUGAGAAUUUCUUUGAGAAUUAACAAAGUGGUAUGGGGCAUGCUUGCAGACGGUAAAUCUUUUGCUGAAGCUGAGAUCAAUAACAUGAUUUAUGAUUUUGAUCGUGAUUAUAAAGACGUUGGUGUUGCUCAGUUUACAACAAAGUCAUUUGUUGUGAGAAACUGCCUGCUUAAUGCUAAAUCUGAUAUGCUGUUAUCAGCCUGGAACCCUCCUACUGAAUGGGGAAAAAAAUUUAUGCUUCGGGUAGAUGCUAAGCAAGGAGCUCCAAAGGAUGGCAACUCUCCUCUUGAGCUUUUCCAGGUUGAGAUUUAUCCAUUGAAGAUACAUUUGACUGAAACAAUGUAUAGAAUGAUGUGGGAUUAUUUCUUCCCAGAAGAAGAACAAGAUUCACAAAGACGGCAGGAAGUUUGGAAAGUCUCAACUGCUGGGUCAAGACGUCCAAAGAAAAGUGCGUCUGUCUCUGAAUCAGCUGCAUCAAGCGGGCAUCCAAUAAGAGAAUCUGAGGCUCCCUCCCGAGCAGGUGCUCCUGCAGCGUCCUCAGUUUCUGCUGGAGUUGGUCAAUCUGCUCAUGGUGAUGCUUUCCAAGUAUCAAAGUUGCAAAACCUAAAAGCAAAUAUUGUCUGUGGUUCAAGUACAGAGCUUCGACGAACAUCUUCCUUUGACCGAUCAUGGGAAGAAACUGUUGCUGAGUCUGUAGCUAAUGAACUCGUCUUACAAAGCAUGUCUUCCACGAAAAGUGGCCCCCUUAGUGUGACACCAGAGAAUCAGCACGGUGUUAAUGAGGAGACCAGAAAUAAAUCAAAAGAUUUCAAGCUAAUGAAGCCCGGACGCUCAUCCCACGAAGAAAAGAAGGUUGGUAAAGUGCAAGAGGAGAAAAGAUCUAGGGCUCCAAAAAAGAUGAUGGAAUUUCAUAAUAUCAAGAUAAGUCAGGUUGAGUUGCUUGUUACUUAUGAAGGAUCAAGAUUUGCAGUAAGUGAUUUAAGACUACUGAUGGAUACGUUCCAUCGUGUUGACUUUACUGGCACCUGGAGGAGACUGUUUUCACGAGUUAAAAAGCAUAUUAUCUGGGGAGUCCUGAAGUCUGUAACUGGCAUGCAGGGUAAGAAAUUCAAAGAUAAGGCUCAAAGCCAGAGGGAAGCCAUUGUGGCUGCUGUUCCUGACUGCGACCUUAAUUCCAGUGAGAGUGAUGGAGGUCAGGCAGGGAAAUCAGAUCACCCUAUAACUUGGCUCAAGCGGCCAAGUGAUGGAGCGGGUGAUGGAUUCGUCACGUCCGUAAGGGGAUUGUUCAAUUCCCAGCGUCGCAAGGCCAAGGCCUUUGUCUUGCGGACCAUGAGGGGUGAGGCAGACAACGAGUUCCAUGGCGAGUGGAGUGAAAGUGAUGCUGAUUUUUCUCCCUUUGCAAGGCAACUGACCAUAACAAAAGCUAAAAAACUCAUUAGGCGGCACACAAAGAAAUUCCGCUCAAGAGGGCAAAAGGGUUCAGGUACAACAUCUCAGUCUAGAGAAUCACUACCAUCAUCUCCAAGGGAGACCACGCCAUAUCAAAGCGAUUCCUCAAGUGCCUCCUCUCCCUAUGAAGAUUUCCAUGAGUAGGCAGAAGCCUGGCAUGGAUAGGAUUCCUUGAACGCUUCUUGUUUGUGGCGGCAGCCUUGUUUGUGAAAAGGCACAAACAGGACCGCACGGAGUUUUCUUUAGAUCCCGAGCAGUCUGCAAUUGGCUGCGAGGCUUUAUAGAGGUGAGAAGUCAUCUUAAUUUAUCGACCCGGCGAUCAUCGAAGAUGGGUGGAAUCGAGAUGGUUGUCGAGUGAUCUCAAAUAAUUGCCUGGGUUUCUCUCUCCCUGGCGAACCAGUAGAGGAUGGCCUGCAUUCGGCAUCUUUAAGCUCUGCAUCCAUGCUGAUCAAUGGGAGCAGAUAGAUUUAUUGUAUGUUUUGUCAACGUCAGAGGAGCUUAUUCCCUCUUUUUUCCAUCUCUUAUGCUUAUCUAUAUGUAAACCUUUUGUUCAUCUCCUCUGCUGGAAGGGAUUCUUGGGUUCUCCAGGAAUUCUAUGUUUUUGCAAGUAUAUAUCUAAUUGUUGGCGAGAAAUAAAAGGCCACAAGCUUAUCUUCUCUAA